UUGACUGCCACAGUGGCUGGAUGUUGUCUAAAGCCGGAGCUCUGCGUCUUCCAUGCAGCACUCUGAGCUCAUUCACAUACAAACAUGAGCAACUUUGGACAGAUCCUGAAGGAAAUUGGGGAGUUUGGUUUAUUCCAGAAGCGUGUGGUGGCUGCGUUAUGCAUCCCCAGUAUUUUUGUAGCUUUUGAUGUGAUCUGUCAGGUGUUCACAGGUCUGAACUUCCCACAUCACUGUAACACUGAUUGGAUCCUGAAACAAGGGCCGAACCUGACGGAGGAGAGGCAAAGAAAUCUCACUCUCCCUGUGAACAAGGAUGGGAAGUAUGAGAGUUGUGAGAUGUUCACACCUGUGGAUUGGGACUUGGUAACAAUUGAAACGUAUGGGAUUAACACAACAACAGGAUGCACUGAUGGAUGGGAUUAUGAUGCACCUGUGGGUGCUUCCAGCAUUGUGACAGAGUUCAACCUGGUAUGUGACAGGCACAGUUUGAUUGAGGCGUCACAGUCCAUCUACAUGGCCGGUCUUCUGGUUGGAGCGCUGGUGUUUGGGCAGAUGGCUGACAGGUUUGGUCGACGCUUCGUGGUUCUGCUUUCUCACUUUCUCCUGAUGUUAUUUGGGGUUGGUGUGGGCUUCUCUCCCAACAUCUAUGUCUAUAUGGCGCUAAAGUUUUGUGGCGGCAUCGCUUGUUCAGGCAUUGUUGCCAAUGCAUUUGUCUUAGGUGGAGAGUGGAGUAAUUCUUCCAAGUUUGCUUUCUGCACCAUUAUCUGCCAUUCUUUUUUCCCUCUUGGACUGAUGAUGUUGUCUGGGAUUGCCUAUUUGGUUCGUAACUGGAGGAUCUUACAGAUUGUGCUCUUCAGCCCUCUUGUUCCUGUCCUGGGAUUGUUUUACUGGGUUCUUCCAGAGUCAGCUCGCUGGCUCAUCACCCAGGGAAGGAAAAAGGAGGCCAUAAAGGAGGUCCGGAGGGCAGCCAAGGUGAAUGGGAGGAAGGUCUCAGAAGAACUGCUGGAAAAGAUGGAAGCUGAGGAAACAUCCAAAAGAGGAACCAUACUGGAUAUCUUCAAAAUAUCCUAUCUGAGGAAACGUGCUCUCAUUAUGAGCUUUGUCUGGUUUGCAACUAGUCUGAUGUACUAUGGACUGAGCCUGAAUGUUGGCAAUUUUGGUCUGGAUAUCUACCUCACACAGUUCAUCUUUGGUUUAGUCGAGCUUCCUGCACGUCUGGGCUGUUUGCCUCUCCUCCAGCGCUUUGGGAGGAAAAUAUGUCAAGCAGUGAUGUUGUUUUUAGGAGGUGCUGCUUGUCUUGUGAUUCUUGCCAUCCCUGAAGAUCUUCCUGUAGUGAUAACAGUCAUAGCAGUUCUUGGAAAAUUUGCUGCGACUGCCAGCUUCUCUAUAGUCUAUGUUUACACAGCAGAGCUGUAUCCUACUGUUUUAAGGCAGAAUGGUGUCGGUCUGAACUCCAUGUUUGCUCGGGUGGCGGGAAUCCUGGCUCCACUCAUCAGGCUGCUGGACGUCUACCAUCACAUCAUCCCCAUGCUGAUUUACGGCAUCAUUCCCAUCGCUGCUGCAGGUUUUUGUUUGUUACUGCCAGAAACGCUCAAUGUUGAACUCCAGGACCAUCCUGAGCUCAUAAAACCAGAGGUUGUUCCUGAAAUAGGACCGCUAACAGAUGAAGACAAAACAGGAAAGAGCACAAAAAUGUAAAAUUGAGGCAAUAAUUUACCAAAAGAAGUCAACUGCAAAACUUCCAAUCAGUCAUGUUGUCGUGCAGCUUUUGUCACGUUUUGUGUAUUUGCCACCAGUUUAACUUUGCACUUGGAUUUGUGUGUUUAAAUUAAUUUAUAUUUUCUGUGCACUUUAAAAGGUUUUUUUUCUCUUGAGUUGAACUGCUGAGCUUUUCUUGGAUAUAUUGUAUCUGUAUGAAUUUUAGAUACGUCUGUGAAGCCUUAAAAAAUUAUACGUCAUAUCACAUCUAUUAUCAGUGAGUCACUGGUUAAUAUUUCAGCUGUAAAUAUAUUUGUUCUGUUAAUAAAGUUAUUGAAG